AAAGAGGACACGGCCUCUAUUAGUUCCACUUAGUCUCGGGUACUUGACCAUAAGUUCAUCAGACUAUCGGUGCCUGCCAUGUUGCGGUCGUCAUUUCAGCCGACCCGGCAUACAUGGAUAUGGCGAUCAUCCCGAAAUCGCUCAAGAUGUUUUGUUUAGAAAGAAAGAAGAAAACCAAAGCAAGCAAACGAAGGAACAGAAAAUUUGAUACAGUCUGAGCCCUUGUCUAGCGCAUCACAGUAUCCAAGGCUUACGUUUGAUUAUUGCUAUCCUUGCGACAUGAAUGCCGUUAGGUGUUUACCCACCUUUAAAAGCGCGGCAGGAAACUAUCAUGAGAUAUCCUUGCUUGAUCCUACAUAGGUUUAAUUGAGUAGCGGAGCAGUAGAAGAUGCCUCUCCCGUCUUUUGCUCUAUCGGUUCUGAUAUGCUCUCUCCAAGCAUUCCCAGUUUCCGCACAGAACUACACAUGGCCAUGGCAAACCUAUAAAUCUAGUUCAGCAGAACCUCCUUCGCUGAACAUCACCAAAUCCGGCCCUACGUCCCCAGGAUAUCUCUUCUUUGACCAGAAUGGACAGUACGCGCACAACUACAGCCUCUUCAUCAUGUCUGAUGACAACGAGCUCAUCUGGCAGAGCGGAUACGGAGACUAUGGUGCUUUCAGGACCCAAAAAUUCGAGGGCAAGCCAGUCUUGACUUUUUUCAACGGGGUCUCUCUGUCGGAACCGUACGGGUGGGGCUAUGGCAUCAUCCAAAUCCUUGAUGACUCUUACAAAAGCAUCUACAACGUUUCGCUGACGGUAGAUGAAGGGAACUUUCUGACCCUACCGGAGCUUGAUGCCAGCCAGAUUGAGUCGUAUCUCGACAUGCACGAGUCCCAGAUCACAGCUCAGGACACGAUCCUUGUCACAUUGUACAAUGUCACCAAAUACGAUCUAAGCUCUGUUGGCGGACCACAGGAUGGUUGGGUAGCCGACAGUUUGUUCUACGAGCUGGAUAUCAAGACCAACGAGAUACUCUUCAAGUGGAGUGUCUUGGAUCAUGUUGACCAAAUUCCCAUUUCAGACGUUCAGCAGUUCUAUCCCAUUGCGGACUUCGGCAAGAACCAGUCGGUUCCGUAUGGCUACUUCCAUAUCAAUUCGGUGGAUAAAUUCGACGACGGGUCAUAUUUGAUUUCAUCGAGAUACUACUGCUCGAUCUUCAAGAUUUCGAAGAACGGCACCGUUGAAUGGACUUUACAGGGGCAAACCGGCGGCGAUUUCGAGCUUGAUGGCCAACUUUCCUUUUGCUAUCAACACGAUGCUCGCGUCCGACGGGAAUUGGGGAGCACGGUUAAGAUCAGCCUGUUCAAUAACGCAAACUCAGAAAUUAUGUCGGGUGUAAACCAGACUAAAGGUGUAUUCUUAACCCUGGAUACGGAAACCAUGAAGGCGACACUCGACCACGCAUAUACCGACCCACAGGACGCGGUCUACGCCUUUUCGCAAGGAAAUACACAAUUGCUGGACGACGGGCACGUAAUUAUGGGAUAUGGGUCGACGCCUAAGAUAAGGGAGUUCAGCGCGGAUGGCACCACAUUGAUGACCGCCCAGUUUGGCCCUGGGGACGGUCUUAUUUUCUCUUAUCGCGCCUAUCGCCAGCCGUGGGUUGGCCGCCCUAAGGAACCCCCAAGCGUCGUCGCGUGUCGGGAUGAGGCUAGUAACAGCACCAGGGUAUAUAUGAGCUGGCUUGGCGCUACAGAACAUAAAUAUUGGGAUAUCUUCGCCGGCGAUAGUGACAAUAGCUUCACUCUGGCAUCCCAGGUGGGAAGGACUGGAUUUGAAACAGUAGCGACUAUACAGGGUCAAGUUCCGAUGAUCCGUGUUGAGGCACGAGGAAUUGGUAUCACUGGAGGAGUUUCCAAUGUGAUAUCGUCUCAAAGCCAUUGCUGAUAUUGAACAGCGCAGCGCGUUGAUUAAAAUCUGACUUUGGAACUCUUCCUUGAUACUUAUAGACCUAAGUUACUGCUUCUGUGGCGCAGUAUUUGGUCCAUGAGCGGCCGAAGCAGAAGACGAAAAUCAGAUUCGUCUACAACGAACCACAAGAUUUUCUUCCCAUAGGUAAAUAAAAACAGUACUAAACAGAGAAUUAGGUCCUCUUUUUAUUAGAAAC